AUGGGCAGAUUCAAGGGUCGAAGCACAGUAGCAUGCACAGUUUGUCACUCUCAGAAGCUGAAGUGCGACGGCGAAGCCUACCUACGGGAUCUUGAGAGAACAGCUGCAAGCUCUCGACCAUCGUCAUCCUUGACUUCCAGCUUCACAGAUGAUCUACCAGAGUAUUCAGGACAAUCACAGAGCCCUUCGGAUCCGGGUACCUCGACUAGCAGCAGAGUCGCAGCUCGGGCUAUUAUAUCAGAUGACUGCAGUGCAGAACGUUUUGUCUAUGACCUCCGGCAGAUGGCAUUGCCUGAGAGUCCCGAUGGGCUUCAGCAGCAAGGCGGAUACUCAUAUGCGGUACUUAAAUCCGACUUGAUAGCGCCGCUGGCUAUGAAGUUACUUGACACCUUCGAGGAGAUAUUUUGUGACCACCACUGGUUUCUUCGAAGAGACCUCAGGGAACGAGUUCAACUUUUAUUCACAGACCCUAAGACGCAAUCACAAGACAGAAGCUGGCUUUCAAGGGCGUCUCUUGUUUUUGCCUUGGCUACAACAUUCAUGUAUGGAUCGCAGCCAUCUGGUGAACCCACAACUGAACAAUCCGAGAACCCGGCACCUCCCGGAUCAGACUUGUUCGAGCAAGCUGUCGCUUUGCUAAAUGUGUCAUCGGAGGAGCCCACAACAGAAGAUGUUGAGGCAUUAAAUUUAAUGGCGUUCUACUGCUACUCCUUGAAUCGUCGCAGAAUGGCCUACAAAUACGCAACGCAGAGUUUAGCAGUGGCCAAGCUCUUGUUUCUUGACAGGACUCCGAAUCUGUCAGCUUCUGGUCAAGAGGUCAUCAUCGAGCACCGAAAGCGUCUAUGGUGGACAUCCUUUUGCAUGGAGAGAAUGGUCGUAGCAGAGCUAGGACUGGCCCCAGCGCACGCUGCGAACAAGUUCGACGCCGGACUGCCUUCUUCACGAGGCAUACCCGAAUCAGAAAUGGAUCAAUUUUUCGAUCCAAGUGUUCAGACACUGCAGACACAAAUAUGCGAGAUCAAGUGCCAGAUCAUGGAAUCUGUCGGUCACUUACGACGGGUGUCAGACCUAGAAACAAUGCUGUUCGAGCUAUGGCCGUGUUUCGAUACACUGCGGUCUUGGAAGGAGAAGGUACCUUCAUAUAUCUCAUUUGACUUUAAAAGCGGUGUACCGGAGGAAAUGAGUCAGCGAUCAUGCGCUCGCGGGCUUGCAUCGCUAUACUUGAGAUAUCACCAGUGCUUCACGGUACUACUUCGACCCUUCUUCUCCAAGAAACUGUCUCUUAGGCUGCAGGGAGUUGAUUCUGAUCAUCUCGAAUCGAGGUUGAAUGCAACAAUGCGACAGAGAGUUCAGGUGCUGACCAAGGAAGGCCAUGAUGCAGCGAGGAAUAACUGCAAGAUACUAAUAGACCUCUUUCAUCGCGGUAAGCAUGCACGGUUUGGUUAUUGGGACUCAGUGCACGCUUUCAGUAGCCUCUCUAUCAUCUCUAUUGCAAAGGCUGUCGCUCCCGAGCUUGCCGAAACCUCCGAGCUUAACGACGAGCACCUCUAUAGUCAAUGCCGCCUCAUUUUGAAGGAAAUGGCUGAAGCGGGUAACCCGGCUGCCAGAGAUCACAACGCCUUACUAGCCGACUUAGACAGCAUUGUUCAAAUGCUCACAACCAAUGAAGAUGCCGGACCGAUUGAAAGACCAGCAGAAUUUGAGGUUCCAUCAUUAGAGUUCUGCGAAGGCUUAUGGUCUGACGUUGAUUGGGUGGAGUUUUUAAAUAAUUGCUCUCAGUGGGCAUAA